GACAAUUUGGCUUUGAUGUCAUUGGAGAGGUCCGGUGAACGCUUGCAACUUGACUUACUUACGCUCGUUGAUUCGGAUGACCGGACACCAUGAAGGCACCCUUCCUCCCUGGUUAAAGUUUCUAGAUGAGACCUCGAAGGUCCUUACAGGAGUGACCGCUAUAACCAUCCUCUACACUCGCUCAGUUGGCAUCGCAUACUUUGGAGCAGGUGCCCUUGCAUGCACUCUCGGCGCCAAAGCCAUCAAGAAAGCGAUUAGGCAGCAGAGGCCCGUAGGCGGACAUAGAAAGAAAAUCAGUUAUGGCAUGCCGAGCACGCACGCAUCGGGCGCGACGUUCUACAUGACCUACGUGCCCCUCGCGUGCAUGUACCUCGAGGUGCACCGCUCCCUGCCGCUGUGGGCGGGCCUCGUCGCGCCGGCGGUGGUCGUGCCGUGGAUGGGCGCGAUCAUGUACUCGCGGGUGACGCUCGGCCACCAUACGUGGGCGCAGGUCGCGGGCGGCUUUGCGUGGGGUGUCUUGGCUGCUAGCGUGUGGUUUGUGCUGUGGUCUGGCGAUGCGGGUGGGGUGCAGACGUUGGGGGCUGCGUUGGAGGUGUGGGCUGGGAAGGUGCUUGCGGAGUGGGGCUGGUAGCUUGAGGUUGUCGCUUGUACUCUUGAUGUCCUUGUCGCUAGGAAAUCAUAAUAGACGUGUUUGUCGGCUCUGGAGUCG